CAGAAUCACGCAAAGAAACACAAACACACGCUAGUUUCCAAGUUCAGGUUGAAGUAGUAGCCGGCCAAGUAGCGCUAGCGAUGGCGUCCGCUCAGGAGAGGUCGGAGCUGGACCGCAAGGCCCGCGAGGGUGAGACCGUCGUCCCCGGAGGCACCGGCGGCCACAACCUCGAGGCGCAGGAGCACCUCGCCGAAGGGCGCAGCCGCGGCGGGCAGACGCGCAAGGAGCAGUUGGGCGAGGAAGGGUACCGCGAGAUGGGGCGCAAGGGAGGGCUGAGCACCAUGGAGGAGUCCGGCGGGGAGCGCGCCGCUAGGGAGGGCAUUGAGAUCGACGAGUCCAAGUUCAAGACCAAGUCCUAGAUCAGCAUAUCUGUGCCUCCGUCAGCUAUAUCCUAUAUGGCAGCAAGUCUGUGUUAGCUUACCUUUAGAAGUGUCCACGAACUGAAUAAUGUAGUUCCACGUACCUUGGUGCACGCAUGUAGGCGAUCAUAUCUUGGUAUGAUCAUGCGUUGUGCUUGCUCUAGCUUUAGGUACUGAUGGUCGGUCAGUCAGGGUGUCCCGUGUAAAAAGUAGUGCACGUCCCUCCCUAGCCAGCCGCUGUAGCAAUGCUGUGAUAGCUGGUCGGUCGCGCAUGGGUUCAGUCAGUACGUAGUUGGUCUGCAGCUUGUGCUGUGUUCAUGUGUCCCAGUGUCGUCGUUCCUGUCUCCUGUUGCAUGUUUCAGUGAUGUAGGUCGUUGUUGCUAAUAUCACAAGCUUGC